AUGAUCUCACACCGUUUCAGGUGGCACAACGAACAAAAUACCUGCAACGGAGUGGGAGAUGAGUUAGACUUCACUCGGAUGCGCGGAGCCUGGGGCCAGGGAGGAGAAGAAGCUUUCGGAAGCAAGGAUAAGCCAGGCAAAUAAGUUCAUUCCUAAUUCUUUGCAUUAAUAAGUUCAGCCCGUCUUAAGUUUCUGGGUCGAAAAAAAUCUGAGGUUGAUGGACAUUUGAGAGAAAGCAGCCAAGAAGAAUCUUGAGGUCUAAAAAAGUUAUUGUCUCCGUAGUUAUUAGUCUGUAUAAAAAGCAUUCUUAUAUUUUUAUCAGCUAUACAGGAAACUCGAAGAAAAAAGGAUAAAAAACUGGCUUGAUCCCCCUUGAUGCACUAGAUAAGACAAAGAAUGUCUGAACCUUCAAAAGUCUUCGUUUUCCAAGAAUUUAUCUCAGAACUCGGAGAAAGUCAUCGUAACCGCCUUAUUGGGACAUUUGCAGGCUUUUUUCAAAAUUGGAAAGCAAAGAUGCAUCUCCUUCAUACUAAAUAAAAAACGGAGCACUUAAGCAAAUUUCCAGAAAAUUAGUGAGUUGAAGAUAGAACUAAUUUUCUUUUGAGGAACAAUUCUGAUCAUGUCGAACAUCAAUCAAUUUUCAAUAAUGAAAAAGUGUUUUCUUGGACUUCCUUUUGAAACAAGCUUUUUUACUUCUCUCGAUUGCUAUAACUAAAAAUCGCAGCUUUGAAGAAAAAAAAAUGGAAAGGUAUUACUUCCAGACGGAUUUUUCUUAUUUGUCGGAAGUGAGCAAAAGCUGCCAAAAACCUAUUCCGCCUUGCUGGUCAGCGACCCGAUUCAAUGUCAGGAAGGUGACGGCAUCGUUUCUUUCCGUCACUGGACGACGCCUGGCGUCCAUGUUCGCGUCUGCAUUCGGUUGGUUCUUUGAUUUACUGCCUUUUCUUCCCCAUAUGUGAUCGAUAUAUGACGGCUGUAAAGUUACAACUUCAUCUAGGCCUCCUUCCAUGGGCAAGAGGUUCGAUUGGUGUAGCGAUGUCGUGAGAAGAAACGGUACAAAACCGGCAAAAGUCAUCAUUCCAGGCAGCAUACUGUACACGUUCGAGGUUGCCUUUGCAGGAAAAAGACAAAAAUUUUGCUUAUCAGUAAUAAUCAAAAAAAACUGUUUUUGAUGAUAUUCGAAAACCGUAGCUUUAGAGAAAAAGCAUUCAAAAUAUGAUUAACGGAUAAUUAUUUUGAAUUUCGAACAUUCUUAGGUAUUCCUCGAGUUCGAUAGGGUUGGCACAAAUGAUCAAAUUUUUGAGGGAAACUUUUUCCUUUUGAGAAAAAUUUCUAGAUGUUUUUUGUUCCGUUCAUAAUGAUACCACAGACAUAGGUAGUCAGAUGGCUCAGAAAAUUCAAACCAAUUCGAAUUUGAUUUGGAUUUUGAAAAGUUUCGUCUCAAUCUCGUGAACUGAACAGAAGUUUUCCCACUUCUGACAUCCUUGUUUAUUGGGUUUUUUUUUUCAUCUUUUUUCUUUGAAGAUUGUGAUAGAAGCGUACGACUUCACUUUCGAUGCUUUCGGGAUCCAGGGAGGCGCUGCCGCCCUUGAUGAUGUUUCUUACAACGCUUCUGCUAUUUACAACUGUCAAAUGGGUGAGUGA